AUGAAGAAAAAUAUAGGAGGAUCAAAUCUCACAAUCAUGGUGGGAUUCAUUCUUUUGGGAUUUUCUGAUCUUCCUAGGCUUGAGGGUUUUCUUUUUGUGCUAUUCUUGAUCAUCUACAUGAGUGUCCUAAUAGGAAAUGGCCUUAUUAUUUUCAUCACCAGGACUGAUCCUACUCUCCAAACACCUAUGUAUUUUUUCAUUGUAAACUUUUCCUUCUUAGAAAUCUGUUACACAUCAGUAAUUUUACCAAGACUGCUGACAAACCUUUGGAGCCAGAGAAGAAAUAUUUCUUUCCUUGCUUGUGCUAUACAACUUACUUCCUUUCUUAUUAUGGGAGCCACUGAGUGUUUCCUACUAGCUGUAAUGGCCUAUGAUCGUUAUGUGGCCAUCUGUAAGCCACUCUCCUAUCCUGUUAUCAUGAAUCACAAUACAUGUAUCAAGCUGGUGGUUGGCUCCUGGAUUGGUGGGAUUCCACUCCAGAUAGGACAGACAUACCAGAUUUUCUCUUUGCGCUUGUGUGGUUCUAACAAACUUAAUCACAUAUUCUGCGACAUCCCACCAUUGCUAAAAUUGGCAUGUGGAGACAGUUCUGUGAAUGAGUUUUCUGUCUAUGCUGAUGUCCUGAUCUUAGCCAUGAUUCCCUUUCUAUUGAUACUAUGGUCAUACAGCAAAAUCAUUAACACAGUCCUAAAGAUGUCAUCAGCCACUGGAAGAUCCAAAGCAUUUUCUACUUGCUCCUCUCACCUCAUUGUUGUAGGCUUAUUCUUUGGGUCAGCUAUCAUAACAUAUUUGCGACCCAAAUCCAUUCAUUCAGCGGAAGCAGACAAAAUUCUCUCUCUUUUCUACACAAUCGUGACUCCCAUCUUUAACCCCAUGAUAUACAGUCUGAGAAACAAAGACGUCAUUGUUGCACUAAAGAAAUUAUUACCAAAGUGA